AUGGUGAACGUUGCGGGUAGAAGCAAGGGCUGCUCAACAUGCCGCCAACGUAGGCUGAAAUGUGACGAGACUACUCCAGAAUGCUCACAAUGUGUCAAGAAGGGGUUUCGAUGCUCUGGCCCCCGUACGGGAGCUGUUUUCAUACACGCUUUACCACACCGACCGUCAGCAUUGCGCUCGACAGAAAGCAGACCAAGGGAUGCCGCGCGCCGGAGCGCGAUUCAGCCUGCUUCUAGAGUUCGCGAUGAACAUCCUUCACGCCCAUCAUUACUAUCAAACUACCAGCCUAGUCGCGUCGAAAUCUUCGACCAACUGUUUGUAUCCCACUUCAUCGAUUCGUUUGCCUUUGUGAAACCGAAUCCGGGCAAACAGUCUUCGACCUGGCUCGAUGAGUUGGCCGAGCUGAUAGUCUCACCCACUCACAAUGUGGCGAAGUACUCUAUCCGUUCCUCGUCGAUGUUCUUUUAUGGCUUCAUGACUCAAAAUGUCGCGAUGCAAACAGAAGCUUCCAGAUGGUAUUUGAAAGCUCUACAGGGCCUCCAAAAUCAUCUUUUGAAGGAGAAGCCAUCAUCCUUUAGCGGGGAUAUGAUCUGUGCAGCUGUUAUGCUCACCCAUUUCGAAAGUCUAGCUGGUACGGCCCCAGGAGCUUGGUUUCAACAUGUACGAGGUGCAUCGAUGAUGAUCGCGACCGGAGGUCCUGAAAGUUGUCGUCAGGGUUUCUUACAUGAUGCGAUUUCAGCCCUCUUUCGAAAUGAACAACAUCCAUUUUCUACAGAUGAAUGGAUGAGUGUUCCCUUUGAAUUGCUUCCAAAAGGUCCCUUCGACGAACUUGUGGACAUUUUCUUCUCUUUGCUUCCUUGCUUAGCACUUGCAGACGGUGUGACAAACUCCUCGGGUAACGACUUCCACAACUACAAAACCCAGCUAAACAACAUGGUAUAUCGAAUGAUAACGCGUCUGCAUAUAUGGUGGUCUCAAUGUUUUGCUCGAACCGAUCUCAGCCAACCAAAUCCAGAAGCGAACAUUCCCACCAGCAAUGAGCCUAUUUACUUACCCGAUAGUCCACAUGACGUCCCACUCUUACCCCAUAGGGAUAUGCCAACCACUGCAUUAGCUGCCCUUUUCUAUGCAGCAAACGUCAUUGUCUAUCGACUUUUAUUCCUCGUCUCAUCGUCCGCCCAUCAGUAUGAACAUCGUAUCCAGAAGCACGUUCAGGCAACGCUUUCAACUUUGGAGUUCGUCUCUACAACCCCGAAGCCUGUCUCAGAGCGUGGCUUUAUUAUGGUGGCUCUUCCACUGCGAAUUGUGCAAAUUUGGGCUCCAUGCGCUGAGGGGGAUAAUGCCGUUGGAGCUUCAUUGGACAGAUGGGCACAAGACAUGCCGUCUUCUGCCGCUCCAACAGAGUUUUUCGCACAUGUUGCUUCUCAUAUCCACAAUAAUUACCUCAAAUGA